UCCAAAAUUGGUCAAAAACCACCACAUUCCUACACAUGAAAAUAUUCACCACUCAUAUUCCUCCAUUCCAACCACAAUCACCACCACCACCACCGCCACGUCAUCAUGUUACCGUUGACCGUCAAAUUCCGAUGAGACUCCAUAAUCUCCAUCGUGUCACCACCACCGCUCAUCUCAAUCCAAUUCAAUUUCAUCUUAAAAACACAAAUCACAUCAAUUUCAAUCCUAAUUCUAAUUUCACUUUCAUCAGCACGAUGAGCGAUUCCGAAGCUAAGAAGGAGAUCAAAUCCGGAGAAGAUUCGAUCGGUGUUAAGGAAGCGGAGAAACAGCCGCCGGAAAAGUUGCCGGAGCCGCCGGAGAAACCGUUGCCGGGAGAUUGUUGUGGUAGCGGUUGUGUUAGGUGUGUUUGGGACGUGUAUUAUGAGGAGCUUGAUGAAUAUAAUAAGAUUUAUAAAUCCGAAACAGUCGGAUCAAAGGUUUCGUAACUAUUCGAGUUAUGCGAGAGCUAUAGAUUUGUUUUUAUGAUUAUAUGAUGAAUUAUUUGGAUAAAUGUGUUGUAAUUUUAUGAAAUCUUAUUGUUGAAGGUGAUCAUUAAUAUUAUAUGAAUGAUUAAAAUGUUGUUAGAUCA